AUGAAGCGGGAAUUCGGCAUCUUUCCUCUCCGCCAAGGCCUGUCAAGUCAGGAGUCUUCACCUACGACGAGCAAGGUAUCAGAGCGUAUGGUUAUUCACGGGCCUCUCUGGGCUCGUAUCAGAUCCGCGACCAAGUCGUGGAUCACAGCACAGCUGCAGCUCUAUGGGAUACCCCUCCAGCGGAAGGACAGCAUGCUUCAGCUGAAGGCCUUGCUGGAGACUUCAGUGAAGAACGGACAGUGUGAGAGCCCCUCGCAAGCGAUGAUUGCACUUGAGAGGUCCCUGUCUAAACAGUACCGGCAGGCCGGAUUAGUUCAUGAGGAGAAUAUCAGACGACUGAGGGCAGUCGAAUUUUCACAGUUGAAAUCACCCUCUUGCGAGGCUCACUCUGACACGUAUAUGUUCUUGGCCAAAUACUUCCUUACUGGUCCACAUGGCCAGCCAGACAGAGAGAGGCAAAAAGAGGCAUUGAUACUGGAUGCCUGUCCUGAAAUGAAUUUCCUCUCAGCUGUACAGAAGGUCCCUGGUCUGGCGUUCUAUACAAAGCAGCAAGUCAUUAUCGUAGGGUGGGAAGACACAAUCUCUCGCGGAAUCGACGCCGCUUUUGCGAGGCUGUCAGCACCUGGUACCAAGUCGCAUGUUGCUUCGAGUGAGAUGCGUUUUGACUUGGACCGUUUUAUGGCCAAAUACUUUCUGGACGGGAUUAAAGGCAGGCCAGAUCCAAAGAAGACCCCUAACCCAGUCGAGUUGCAUUCAUUUUCCCAGGAAUGGCCGGACCUCGCAAAGAUCGUCGCUUCUGUCCCGGGACUACACAUUGCACACACUACGGCGAAGUCGCUUUCCGAGAACACGAUUAUUGGCUGGGACGCCGAUAAAGUUGCCCUGUGCAAGAAAAGACGUGACAAAGUCCAGGCUGAGGAGGAGGCAAAAAUAGAAGCCGAGAGGGCGGCAGAGGAAGAGGAUGCCCGGCAGGAAGCUCUGGCACCUCAUCGUCUCUACCUGAGCAACCAUUCUCCCUCCCCUGGGCCUUUGAAACCGGAAGAUCUCACGGGAUCAUACAUCAUCGAGUGUGAAGCAGCAGAAGAAUACAUCAUGGAUGGGGAAAAGAUGACGCUUGACAUCCAGAAGCCAGAGAGCGUCCAUGGUGUUGUAGCUGCAUUCAGUCUUGGAUUGAUCGAGGGAACCAUGCUGCUGGCCCUCUCGCACGAUGCAUUGCAUGCCCUACGUGAAGAACAACCGCCCAUGGAGGAUGACUCGGAAGACGAAUGGGGCGACUACGACUCAGACACAGGAAAACGUAAAGCUAGCAACCCUGCAGAAGGCCGGGUGGUCAAGCGCCGACUGGGCGAAACUCCCCAACCGAAUCGCGUAUAUAUUCAGUGGACGGGGAGAGAAAUUAGUGGCCCGAUAGCUGUCGAUGAGAAGAACGAACAUACGGGUUAUGUUGAUUUUGAGCCUUCCAAAGCAACAGCACAAGGCCAAUGGGCAUACCCAGACUUCUUCGGCGAUGAGAAACUUCAAUUCACUAUCUACAAGCGUUCGGAUGAACCCGACGAAGCUCCUAAAGACUAG